AUUAAACAAUUAAGUCACUGAAACCAUACAAAUACAUCAUGAAGAUUUCUCCUCCGAAACAACAGUCGCCAUUUUGUCAUUUCUGUGUGCAGAAAUUUUCUUGUAACCCCAUCAUUUUCGCUUCUUGUUCAAUAUUAUAAUUUUUUAAAUAUGAAGAGAUAGAAACUACUGAGUUUAAUUUUCUCCAUGGCGACCACCGGAGCUUGUAUUUUCUCGUCCGAUUUAUCGCCGGUAUUCCGUCGAGACAUUGCGUCAGCUUCCGGUACAACAAAACGGAGUCUAUGUUUUAUGCCAGCAGCUGUGUGGACGACGGAGAAAGCAACAAGAACGACAACGCUGGGAACAAAAACCAGAAGAUGGAGUUUUGUAGAGGAGGAGAAGAAGAAGAGUAGUGAGGAAGGUGAGACGAUGAAGAUACUGAAGGCAGAAGAAUUAGAGGAGUAUGAACGUAAAAGAAAGAAUUUGAAAGAUUAUAUUGAUGAAGCGAAAGAUAUGAUAAAAUCAGACGGCGGUCCACCUCGCUGGUUCACUCCCGUAGAGUGCGGCUCACAUACGUCCGAUUCUCCUCUCCUCUUCUACCUACCUGGAAUCGAUGGUGUGGGAGUUGGACUAAUAAGGCAGCAUCAGCGUCUGGGAAAGAUAUUUGAUGUAUGGUGCUUGCAUAUUCCAGUUAAGGAUCGAACAUCAUUCACAGGAUUGGUGAAGGUGAUAGAAACAAGUGUAAGGUCAGAGAAUUUGCGGUCACCAAAUAAACCAAUUUAUAUAGUGGGGGAUUCUCUUGGUGCCUGCCUAGCUCUUGCUGUUGCAGCUCGUAAUCCCGAGCUUGAUCUCGUCUUAAUUUUGGCUAACCCAGGUACAUCUUUUGGCAGCUCAGUCCUGCAAUCCACAGUACCUUUGCUGGAACUCAUGCCAGGCCAAAUGGCUCUCAGCUUGUCGUGUAUGCUCAUUUUAAUGAAAGGUGAUCCUAUGAAGAUGGCAAGGGAUAAUGUGAUGAAAAGACUUUUUCGCCAACCAAAAAUCGAAGACUUAUCACAGGAUCUUGUUGCAUUGUCUUCUUUCCUCCCAGUUCUGGCUGAUAUCCUACCCAAAGAAACACUCUUAUGGAGGCUAGAGGUGCUUAAAUCAGCUUCUGCAUAUGCCAAUGCACGUCUCCACGCUGUAAAAGCUCAAACGCUGAUACUUUGCAGUGGAAGGGAUCAGCUACUUCCAAGUAAAGAGGAAGCUCAAAGACUUCGCCGUGCUCUGCCAAAAUGUCAAAUCCGUAAUUUUGAUGAUAAUGGGCAUUUUCUCUUCUUGGAAGAUGAUGUUGAUUUGGUAACCAUCAUCAAGUCUGCUAGUUACUACCGCCAUGGAAGAAACGUUGACUAUGUUUCUGAUUACAUGCCACCAACUGCUGCAGAAUUUAAUAAAAUAUAUGAACAGAGCAGGUGGUUUACAAGUGUUACUAGCCCUGUGAUGUUGUCAACUUUGGAUGAUGGGAAAAUUGUGAAAGGGCUUUCUGGAAUUCCUGCAAAAGGGCCAGUGUUGUUGGUUGGAUACCACAUGCUACUGGGAAUGGAAUUGGCUCCAAUGAUACCACAAUUUAUCAUUGAGAGAAAUAUUCUAGUUCGAGGGGUGGCCCAUCCAAUGUUGUUCUUCAGGUUGAGAGAAGGAAAGUUACCAGAUUUAGGACUUUUUGAUAUAUUCAGAGUAAUGGGUGCUGUUCCUGUCUCUGGGAAAAAUCUUUACGAACUUAUGGCUUCAAAAUCUCAUGCCCUUUUGUAUCCUGGAGGCAUGCGGGAAGCUCUUCAUCGGAAGGGUGAAGAAUACAAGUUAUUCUGGCCAGAAACAUCUGAAUUUGUGAGGAUGGCAGCUAGAUUUGGAGCCAAGAUCAUACCAUUUGGUGCUGUUGGGGAAGAUGAUUUUGCUCAAGUAGUAUUUGAUUAUGAGGACCAAAAGAAUAUCCACUUUUUUAUGUCUGGAAUCAAAGAAAGGACAAACGAGGCAGUGAAGUUGAGGAGUGAUACAACAGGCGAGGUGGCAAACCAACAAGUCCACACGCCAUAUUGUAUACCAAAAUUUCCAGGCAGAUUGUAUUAUUACUUUGGAAAGCCAAUUCAAACACAAGGGAGGAAGAGGGAAUUAAGAGACAAGAAAAAGGCUCAGGAAUUGUAUUUAGAAGUGAAGUCAGAGGUUGAGAAAUGCCUUGCUUAUCUAAGGGAAAAAAGAGAGAAAGAUCCUUACAGGAAUAUCUUGGCUCGUUUUAUUUACCAGGCCACUCAUGGAUUCACAUCUCAAGUUCCCACAUUUGAGCUUUGAUUUUUCCCUUUUUCCUUUUCUUAUUCAUGUUGUUUAGAAAUAGUUAUCUGUAAAUUCAGAUCAAUGAUUGAUUAAAUUGGUAAAAUCCUCAUUGGGCCACAUGCCAGAAUAUUAUUGGAUUCCAAAUAAAGAUAAUGAGAAAAUGGAACAUGUCAUGCA